AUGGUCAAGCUUCCUGAGACAUUUGCCGCGAUUCCACGCGAGGAGUUUCUCCUUGGCCCAUCGCCGAUCCAUCUUCUUCCCCGAACGACAGCAGAUCUCGGUGGCCAGGUCAAAAUAUAUGCCAAACGAGACGAUGUCAGUUCUGGUUUAGCGUACGGCGGCAACAAGACGCGCAAACUCGAGUACCUGGCGGCCGACGCUGUUAAACAGGGAUGCGAUACCCUCGUUAGCAUCGGCGGCAUACAGAGCAACCAUACCCGCCAAGUAGCUGCAGUUGCCGCUCGCAUGGGCUUGAAAUGCGGCCUGGUACAAGAGAAAUGGGUCGAAUGGUCUGACCCUGGCUACGAGAAGGUUGGCAACAUCCAGCUUUCUUACCUGAUGGGUGCCGACGUGCGGAUCGAGAAGAUGACUUCCUUCGGCAUCGAGCACAAGGAUACCCUGAAAUCAUUGAUGAAAGAAUAUGAAGCCAAGGGUCAGAAACCCUACUACAUCCCCGCUGGAGCAUCUGAUCAUCCGUUCGGAGGCGUGGGUUUUGCUCGCUGGGCCUUCGAGGUGCGCGAGCAGGAAAAGGAGCAAGGCAUCACUUUCGACUAUAUAUUCGUGUGCGCAGUGACGGGUUCCACGAUGGCAGGCAUAGUUGCGGGCUUCAAACUGAUCGAGAAGCUUUAUCCUGACGAGCCCAAGAAGAAAAUCAUUGGAAUUGACGGAUCUGCGACUCCGGAAAAGACCCGAGCCCAGGUUUUGAGGAUUGCCAGGGGUACCGCUGAGAAGAUUGGGUUAAAGGCGGACGACAUCACGGAAGCAGAUAUAGUGCUUGAUGAAAGAUUCCAUGCAGGAACGUACGGCGUCCCCGACAAGCAGACUUGGGAGGCGAUCGAGUAUGGAGCAAAGAUGGAUGCAUUCAUUACCGAUCCGGUCUAUGAAGGGAAGAGCCUUGCUGGGCUGCUGGGAUAUGUGAGGAAUGGCGAGAUCAAGACUGGGAAUAUCCUGUAUGCCCAUCUCGGUGGGCAACUGGCUCUCAAUGCCUAUUCUCAACUGGGCCACGUUGAAUGA